CCGCAAAACCUCACACGCCACCACCGCGACAAACCCCAUACCGCUGACGAAAAUUUCCAUCCCAUUGGAUGAAUAUAUAAAAAAAACAAAAGGUGCCAAUCAUCGUCUGUUCCACCAAGGCAACAAGGUGGUGGCGUGUGUAGUGGAGACCAAAGGCGGUAUCAUAGAAACCCCACUCUUUGGUAUUAGGCCACCCACCCCCCUUAUCGGCAUGACUCCCCUUCUUCUGCCUUCAUGCUGUUGCCGUUCGCCCUACUGUGGCCUGCAACAAAACGUCGAGUCCGGCGAGGCAUCGAUGCCGAAAUCGACGUGCAGGGCAAUCCAUCGAGCAACGUGGGGAACUCCCACACCCUGACUUGUCUCAUGCCGGGCUCUACGCCGCAUAUGGAGGAAGGGAAAAAGGUAUGCAAUAAAGGUAUAAAUGCCUUGACGUCGCCGUGUCUUUGUAGUCCACCUGAUCAUGUCCCCGUACAUAUAUAUCCAGGCACAUAUCGCCCAUGCGAGCCUGUCGCAUCACACGGCUGCCUCAAAGGAAUGGCUGUCCACGACGCAGGUUUUUGGACGGCUGCCAGACAAUAUUAAAAUCUCGCUUAUGGGGACUUCACAGAUAUAGGACACAGACAUAAAUUGGGCUGUUUAUAUAUGGAUGAUCGCAGACAAAAUCACACGGCUGCAGCACCUGGGUCAGGCCUCUUCAGCUCGAAGCUUACACCGCACAACCCUCUCAAGCUGAGAAAUUUCGCAGCCGCCAGCAAUCAGGCACAGUAAGCUCGGAAAAUUGGGGCUCACUGGAGAACUUUUCCACCAAUAAAAAUUUCGCACUGGCCCCCUUAUGCGUAGGUUGGCCAGUGCUUAUCGCCACUACAGGAAUCAAUUUCUAUUACACAGAAGAAAUAACAAAAAUCACCAGUCUACUUCAGAUUUUACAUGACAUCGCCACUCACAUUUAAAUGUAUUUACAGCAAAACACGAUCAAAAUAAAGUUGUUAAUGAUGUUCAAUA